AAUCGCUCGCGCGGGCUCGCGUCCCGCUACUCUCGGCUCGCGCGGCGGAAAUGGCGGCGGCUCUGCUCUGGUCCUCAGUGCUGCUGGUUUUCUGCGCGCGCCUUGUGGCCCCUAGCAGAAGAGGAACAUGUCCACUACUCGAGGGAUCUAAUAAAGCUACGUUUCAUGGAACAAAGAACACAUAUCACCCCGGAGAGACCUUAUCCUACUCCUGUAAUGUUGGCUUCCGGCUACAGGGCAGUAGCAACAUACUCAAGUGUGAGAUGGAUGGAAAUUGGAAACCUAGGAAAGCGAAAUGUCAAAGGAUCAAAUGUGAGGAGUUUACCAUAGCCAAUGGUCAAAUAAAGCCUCGUUAUUUAAGGUUCAACUCGAAAGUAAGCAUCACGUGUAAUGAUGGGUACCAGCUCAGAGGGUCGAGUGUCGUCACCUGUGGAGCAGACGAAUCCUGGACUCCAGCUCUACCCACCUGUGAACAGGUGAUGCCCGUACAGGUCACAUGCCCGCCCCCAGCCGUGCCCAACACCAGCGGACAAGACAGAUACAAGAUGGAGUAUGAAGUCGGAGAACAUGCCACCAUCUUCUGUCAGGAAGGCUUUGAGCUGAUUGGCUCAUCACAGGUCACAUGUGGAGCAGACAGCCAAUGGCAGACCAUUCCAGAAUGUCGUUUGAUUGGAGAGAAAUGCCAGCCUCCACCGUACUUCCCUAAUGCCUACACUGAGCACAAUGACCAGAGCCAGUAUGAGCCCGAUACCGCCGUGCAUUUCAAAUGUAAUCAUGGCUACCGCAUGGUCCGAGGACCGAGCACCAUACACUGCAGGAACGGCCGGUGGACCGACUUGGAGAUGAUAUGUGAAAAGAAAAAAUGUGGCUCAGCUGGGGAGAUUGAAAACGGACGAUAUCAUUAUACAGGUGCUUCAUUUGGGGACACAGCUACCGCUAACUGCAACGUGGGGUACCAGCUGGUCGGUGUGGGUGUGAGACACUGCAGUGCAAAUGGAUGGGACGGCAGAGUACCUGUGUGUGAAGCUAUCCAGUGUCCUGAGCCUCCACUGGUACCAGAUGCAUACUUGGAUUUCGACGCAAGCGGAAUAAUAAAACAUGGUUACAUUGCGUCCUACAGAUGUCGCGUUGGUACACUGAUCGGAGCUUCAGACAUCAUCUGUACUGAAGAUGGCACAUGGAGCGCUCCGGCUCCUCGGUGUGAAGUUACCUGCCCCGCCCCCAACGUGAGGUUUGCGGUAAUAGAUUCUGGAGUGCGGCCUCCACACCGCGCUGGGAGCUCAGUGACGUUCAUGUGCUACCCAGGAAGAAGAUUAUCAGGCCCGAGAGUCAUCACAUGUGGGGAAGAUGGAUACUGGAAGCCAAGACUCCCUCAUUGUGUAAUCUGAUAUAAUUCGCUGAGGGACUUGGCUGAAGAAGAACACGGCCGUAACUGCUCAUCUGGGAAAUGUAGUAUAUAAACUUUCUUCAUGAAUUUUCUGUGACACUUUGCUAAGAAGCACACAUCAUACAGUGAUCCCAUUAAACAUAAUUUUUACGUUAUCAUUUUAAUAUAAUAAUAAUAAUAAUAAUAUACUAAGCAGUUAAACUGCUGUCUUGCUGCACUUUUAUUACUCGUCUUUAUAUAAAUACUACUAAAGCUAUUCAGUUCUGUGUAUAAACAUGAGAUUUAUAGUUUCUGAAACCAUAUCAUAUUUCCAUUUCUCAGUCUCGUGUACCUGGUUUGAAAUAGUUAAAAUGACUGUGUGUUGUAUUUGUACCUGGAGCAGGAUUCCUUUCAUUCACGGAAAUCUUAUUUUGGAAAACAGAUUUAAAGGAUGUUCAAAAACGACCCAUUCAACCUUCACAUUUGUCCAAAGCUAUGGACAGAAGACAGCGUUCUUAUGCUUAUAUACAGUACAUUGGGAUUUAUGGUGACUCCAAUGGUCAGACUAGUUCCUACACAUAAAUAACAUGUCACUUUGAAUGUUAAUCCAAAUUUUGAUGUUUUAUUGUGUUCUCUUGCAUUAUAAGUCGUUGUAUUUAUACCUGUUUUUGAGAGCAGGCAAGGCCACUGUUUGUAUGAACACAACUUAUUUUUAUUUAAAAAGGCAAUUCAAAAUCCAGACAACUUUCUGAACAUUUAAUAAAGUGAGCUAAUUUGCCAUAA